CGUCGUUCCCUUUUUGUGAUUGUGUGCUUUGUUCAGUCUUCUUUCGUUUCACUCAAACCAACAAAACCAUGCAAUCGAUGAAUUCGACUUCCCGGCGAUUGUACAAAGAGCUGCUGUUCAUGGGACGCGACUAUCCGCUCGGGUUUGCGUACUUUCGAGAGCGGCUGCACCGCGCCUUCGCCAAGAACCGCUCAGAGACGGAUCCGGGCAAGAUUGCCGAGCUGCACGAGCGCGCACGGUUUGUCAUCCGCGAGCUCGAGGCAAUGUACAAGUUGCGCAAGUACCGCUUCCUGAAACGCACCUACACGGACGCAGACACUGACCCGUACUCGGUCGAGGUGAUGCGCGCGCUGGCGACUGCCGUGGAGAAUGGCAGCGCUGGGCUGGCGGGAUUCCCCCAGUUCCAGUCGCCGUCGCAGUCCCAGGCCCAGACGCAGUCUACUUCUACUUCUACUACUAGUGCUGGUGCUGCUGGUGCUGCUGGUGUGGCGGGCAGUGGCGUGAGGGCCUUCUCAACGCUCGCCCAGUCCGCCCAAUCAGGAUUCACAUCCAAAAUCAAUCCUCGGUCAUCAGUGCAGAUCAUCGCACAAGCAGUGCCGGGAUCAUCGUCAAUAGCAGUAGCAUCAUCGUCAUUGCUGUCGUCGUCAGCUCGACCGGCAUUGCGGUUGCCGGCAAACUCGCUGCGAUUCAUGCAUUCGAGCCAAGCGUUUCGACCUUGAAAGGCGUAUCAUCGACGGGAUUACUCCCCGCAGCAUUGAGUAGCUGUCGAUGACUGGAGCAUGCAAUCCGAGUGAACAAGAUGGACGUGUGUGCUGAGAGAGUAUGCUGAAUGAAUGAGAUGUUGUUCGGCGUUGUCUUGUCCAAAAAAAAAAAGAAGAAAAAAAAGAAAGAGCUGUUUCGUGUCAUGUUGCUCAGGAUCAAACCAUGAUGUCGA